UAGCAAAAUUCACAUGCUUCCGGUUGAAGUGCGGAAGGUGAACAUGGCUUUGCAGCUUGUAUGUAGAAGUGUAGUCUUCUGCGUUCGCCGACCCUUAAUUGAUGCUUGUUUCAGAUUGCAAAAGCCAAGUAAAUUGUUUUUGCCAGCAUCAUCAUUUCCAAAAGUGAUAUGGAGGUGUACAUCUAACAGCAUUGAAACACAGCCUGGUCAUGAUUACACACCAGAAACAUCCUUGUCUAGACCCCCUUGGCCUGAAGUUAAACUGCCAGACCUUGUUGAAGAAGCCAAACAGCACACAGAACUUGUACAGAAGGUCAAUGACCUGAUCGCAGAAGGGGAAUAUGGAAGACUGUUUGCAGUGGUACAUUUUGCUGGUCGACAGUGGAAAGUAACAAAUGAGGACUUGAUACAGAUCGAGAAUGAAAUAGAUGUACAAUGUGGAGACAGAAUUAGGCUAGAAAAGGUUUUACUUGUUGGUGGAGAUGACUUUACAUUAGUUGGAAAACCACUUCUUGGAAUCCAUUCCAGCCAGUUCAAGCACAAAGAGAAGUUGUGGGAGAUCCAUCUGAAGAAAAGGCAGCUGCAGAAAUCCUCACUCCUGCUGUUUCUUGCUGAGCUAGACUAUUGCAACGGUGGGAGCAGUAAGUUGACAGAGAGGCAAGAACUUAAGCAAGCUAUUUUCAUGUAAGACCUGCACCACUCU